AUGUUACGCCACUUGCGUGCAAUAUGGACCGUGACGUCACGGUCUAGUAUACCACGUGCCUUAUGGGGGGUACGACACAGGUUCGGUUUGUACGAUGAAGUCUGCACGUCGGGGGGUGUUCAAGUUCGGCAUUGCAACUGGGUACGCUUUUUACGGGUCUCGGAAAAUUAUGGGCCACAGGUAAAUCUUGUGUGCACGAAGGUCAAAGGUGAACCAGUGUACGAGGCUGUGAAGCCUGUAUCGCCACAUACUGAGCUGGUGGUGUACUACCUGCCCGAGAGACCGGAAGAGCUGUUCUUUGUAAGGAUGAGGAAUAACUUGUAUAGACAGACUAUGGAUUCGAUUUUAGAAGAUUCACCAUUAGAUCUUUCAACGUCACUUCUAUCAAGGGUCUUGUUACCCAUUUCCCCACCAUCUGGACCUGAAGAUGAACACAAGUCGGUCUCCGGCGAUUCCCUCACAUCAUCAUCGGCGGGGUCAUCAAACGAAUUACUAGACAUGACACCAAAAAUCCAAAGAAGGCCAGCGAAAUCCGAAAGAGCUUUAUUACCGUGCGAAGUUUGUGGGAAGGCGUUUGAUAGGCCGUCGUUGCUUAAAAGGCAUAUGCGAACACAUACGGGUGAAAAGCCUCACGUAUGUAUGGUUUGCAAUAAAGGCUUCAGCACAUCCAGUAGUCUCAACACACAUCGGCGGAUACACUCCGGGGAGAAACCGCACCAGUGUCAACAUUGUGGAAAGAGGUUUACUGCCAGUUCCAAUCUGUAUUAUCACAGAAUGACACACAUAAAGGAAAAGCCACACAAAUGCAGCCUCUGUUCAAAAUCUUUCCCAACCCCGGGAGACCUCAAAUCUCACAUGUACGUGCACAGCGGUUCUUGGCCCUACAAGUGUCACAUUUGUUCCAGAGGUUUCUCCAAGCAUACAAACUUAAAGAACCACCUCUUCUUGCAUACUGCGAAGCAUCAAAGGAACACUGCUAAAGAUGCCACUUGA